AAAGAGAAUAUAAAUAUUAGCUCAACAAAAGUUUCUCCUCAAGACAAUGAUUGCAUAACAAAUAUGCUGGUCCCAUGGGAUUCUAUCAUAUGAAUGCUAUAUUUUGUCUUCCAUAUCCAUGCCAGACCUUUUUAAAAGCCGACUUCCCUGCUGCAAUAUUCUUCAUAUUUCCAUCCCGAUCAAAUAAUAUUUUUCGAUCACCUUAUAAAUAUAUAUUUGAUAUAUAUAUAUAUAUAUAUAUAGAUGAUCAUGCAGCUUUCACUGCUGACAUGGCGGCGUCUGGUGCUGGUGCUUCUACUAUGUAAUUGGUGUCCUCUAUACUUAUGCAAAGCCCACCAAAUCAACAAUCUGAACCAGCUGAUCAACUCCAGAAAAUCAAAAAACCCUCCCGAUGCUCAACCUUGGGUUGGUUUGGAGGAGAAUAUUAUGAGUUAUUCUCCAGUCUACGUUGGAAACCAGGAGGGAUUGAAGGAGUCUGAUAAGAUCGAUGCUUUGCCGGGACAGCCUCAGGGUGUGGAUUUUGAUCGGUAUGCUGGAUAUGUCACGGUGGAUCCAAAAGCUGGAAGAGCAUUGUUCUAUUAUUUCGUGGAGUCGCCCCAGAAUUCUUCUGCCAAACCUUUGGUGUUGUGGUUAAAUGGAGGACCGGGAUGCUCAUCGCUAGGGUAUGGAGCCAUGGAAGAACUAGGACCCUUCAGAGUGAACAGGGACGGGAAGACACUAAUCCGAAAUGAAUAUUCAUGGAACAAUGAGGCAAAUUUUAUUUUCUUGGAGUCCCCAGCAGGAGUGGGGUUUUCUUACUCAAACACAUCAUCAGACUACAAGAAUGUUGGUGACAAAAGAACAGCAGAGGACUCCUACACUUUCCUUGUAAACUGGCUGGAGAGAUUUCCUCAAUAUAAAACCCGCGAUCUGUUUCUAACCGGAGAAAGCUAUGCCGGACAUUACGUCCCUCAGCUUGCUUACACCAUCCUCUCCAAGAAUCAAAACAAAAAUCAAACCAAAAUCAACCUCAAAGGCAUUGCUAUUGGAAAUGCGUGGGUGGAUGAAAACACUGGCGUACAGGGAAUGUAUGACUAUUUUUGGGCACAUGGCUUGAACUCCGACGAAACCUAUGCAGGAAUUCACAAGUAUUGCGACUUUGCCUCGGGUAAUAGUUCCAUCGAGUGUGACCAAUAUCAAAAUCAAGGGUCCAACGAGUUGGGAAAUAUUGACAUUUACAACAUUUAUGCUCCAGUUUGCAAUGAAUCAGAAUCCGAGUCCGCCUCAACUGCUUCCGUCACAGAAUUUGAUCCCUGCUCCAGCAUCUAUGUCAAUGCCUAUCUAAAUCUUGGGGAGGUGCAAAAAGCUCUUCAUGCCAAAGCAACCACUUGGUCAGCUUGCAGUGGUGUUGGAUGGACGGACAGCCCAACCACGAUUCUACCCACAAUAAAGCAGCUCAUAGACAGAGGGAUUAGUGUUUGGAUGUACAGUGGAGACACUGAUGGAAGAGUACCGGUAACGUCCACAAGGUACUCCAUAAACACCUUCAAGCUACCGGUUGAGACUGCUUGGCGCCCAUGGUAUUCUAGCAGUGAGGUUGGAGGAUACGUAGUUGGGUACAAAGGAUUAACAUUUAUCACAGUUAGGGGAGCUGGGCAUAUGGUUCCUAGCUACCAACCAAAACGAUCACUGAACUUGAUCUCAUCUUUCCUUCAGGGGAAAAUUCCUCCAUCGUCCUGAGAAAAUUUCUUCUCCGAACCCAAAAAUGCAGUUUCUAUCUUGGUUGCAUUGAUAUGGGAUUCUACCCUAUUUUAGUUUUUCAAAUGUAUUUUUAAUUUCAAAAAGUGCACAAUGAUGCACGUGAAGGGUAAGUUUUCCUUCUCAUGUUAUUACAGAAAUGAUAGCUAACAAGUUUUUUCUCAGGGAAAA